AUAAACAAUCACAUCAUAACUCUUUGCUUAAACAUUUAAAUAGUCUCUCUCUCUCUCUACAAGUUUCCUUCUCUAUCCAUCUCCUCUGUUUUUUCUUGCUCUGCUCCAAUGGCGGAACAAAACUGGAUAAGAGGACCAAUCAUAGGCCGGGGAUCAACCGCCACCGUCUCACUAGCAAUCACAAACUCCGGUGAGUUCUUCGCCGUCAAAUCAGCUGAGCUUUCCUCAUCGGCGUUUUUGCAGAGAGAACAAACGAUCUUGUCGAGUUUGAAUUCUCCUUACGUAGUCAAGUACAUUGGGUUUAAUAAGACGACGGAGAAUAACAAACUGAUGUAUAACCUCUUGAUGGAAUACAUUCCCGGCGGGAGUAUUCACGAUCUGAUCAAGAACUCCGGCGGGAAGUUGCCGGAGCCGGAGAUUAGAUCCUACACGCGACAGAUUCUGAAAGGGUUGUUGUAUCUUCACGAUCGAGGAAUCGUUCAUUGCGAUUUGAAGAGCGAGAAUGUUAUGAUCGGAGAGGAAACAGCGAAGAUCGCCGAUUUGGGCUGCGGUAAAAUGGCGGGAAACGGGAGUUUGGAGUUUUCCGGUACACCGGCGUUUAUGUCACCGGAGGUGGCGCGUGGUGAAGAGCAGGGGUUUCCGGCUGAUGUGUGGGCUUUGGGGUGUGUGGUGAUAGAGAUGGCUACGGGGUCGAGUCCUUGGCCGGAGCUAAACGACGUCGUUGCAGCGAUUUACAAGAUAGGGUUCACCGGAGAGUCGCCGAAGAUUCCGGAGGUUUUGUCGGAGAAAGGUAGAGACUUUUUGAGGAAGUGUCUGGUAAGAGAUCCGAAACAGAGAUGGGAUGUUGAAGAGUUGCUUCAACAUCCGUUUUUGGAGGAAGAAGACCAAUCUCAAACUCAGUUUGGUUGUUGUCUGAAGAAUUAUUCUCCUAGUACUGUGUUGGAUCAAGGUUUCUGGGAUUCAUGUGAAACCUCGAGAAGUCAGUUCAUUCAAGCGGACUCUUCGAGUUUAUGGGAGUCUUCAGCGACUGACCGAAUCAGGAAACUCGUCGGCGAUGAGAAUCCCGGCGAAACUACGGCGGAGGAUGGUUGGAUUGAAGUUAGAGGCAACGGAGAGAUAGAGAAACGUAAUGAAGACGAUGACGAAGAUGUGGAUUGCGUUGAAGCAACGUCAUUGGAGGAGGACGAGGUGGGAGGCUUUGAGAAUUGGAUCUGGGAUCAAGAAGACAGCUUGUUCUUGGAAUAUUCUUCUUCCGAGAACAACAUUUUUUAUUUUUACUCUAAUGACCUCUUUCAUGAGGAUAAUAUAAUUCUUUAUUAUGAUCAUCUUGAAGAUGGGUUUGUACACAAAGAUGACAAAAUUCUUGACGAUAAUACUAAGAAUCAUAUCUUUAAUCACAUUACAAUGAUUAUACAAGUUAGUAUAUCUAAAUCGAUACCAUUUGAUAGUUACACCGAACGCUAG